AUGCGUGUUUAGUUGCGUUCGAUAUUCGACCAAGAAUAGCCGUCGAGACGAUGGUUGCCGCCUGAAAUAUUAACUAUCUACGUCCAUAAAUUACUACUCAUAAACAGAGGGCGAAUUGUGUAAUCUUCACUUAAGAGUCCUUUGAUUCUGUUACGCCUAACGUGUUUAAUUUUAAUUAUCUCCACUUUUACAGAACAGCAAUAUUUGCCAGUUAGUAUUCUUUACGAGCUAUAGUUGCAGAACCGCGCGUUAUGAUCUUGAGUUCUAUUAUAAUUUCAUAUCGUUAUCAGCGUGCCCGCUUGAUAAAGUUGAUAAAAGCGAGGUGAAUAAUAACAAAUAUGUGUAUGGACUUCUUUUUAAAUAGGUCAAAGAUGUUGAACGGUUUCAAAUGUGCAUAUGAGUUGAUAAAUUAAAAGUUUAUUGGAUCAUCGAAGGGUGUGUGCGUAUGAGUGAUGCGCCUGCGGCUGUGCAAGUGUUGCGUUGAGCCUAUUUUCGUAGCACGGAAAUAAGAGCGGCAAAAGGAGCAAAAAGCAACGGCUGCAUGAAAAACUUGAGGACGCAGUGCCGCGUGUAUUUUUGUCUGUUGUGGACCGAUGCGUGCAGUGUGAGUGCCUGUGCUCGUCGGCAAAAUGAAGAAAAGGACCAUCUCAAAGUUAAAGUCUAUAUUUGGAUCUAAAAAAGGCAAGCGGCAUCUCCAACAGCAACAAUCGUCGAAGUCCUCCCGGUCGCCGUCACCUGAGCCUGCGCCGGCGUCGCCCAAUGGCGACACGUUCCGACCGCUACCACGCACGCCGCCGCCGACCCGAGUCGGGCCGCCGCCUUCACCGCCCGUGCCGACGCAUCCUGUAGCACCAGUAGCUCCUGAACCCUCAGGGCCACAAACGCUACAGCCAUGUUCGAGCUGCGGCCGCACAUUCCUGCCGCAAUCCCUGGCCAAGCACGAGAAGAUAUGCGAGAAGAUGACAGUCAAGAAGAGGAAGACAUUCGACUCGUCCCGGCAGAGGCGCGAAGGUACAGACUUGGAACAGUAUUUGCCAAAGAAUUUCGGUCUUCCAGAAAACAGCCCAUUCCUGGAGAAGAGUCCUCCGAACACCGCCAAGGUCGCGCCCAAACCAAAGCAACAGUCUGUCAGAACAGCUAUCACUAAGCCGACAUCAGACCUGCAGCGCUGCCCGCACUGCAGCCGCGCGUUCGGGCCGCGCGCGUUCGAGCGGCACGUGGAGUGGUGCGCCGACAAGGCCAAGAUCCUGCCCGCCGCGCCCGCGCAGCCGCCGCCGCACCUCGCCGACGCCAAGCAGCGCCUCAACGCGCGCACGCAGUACAAGGCGCCGCCCGUGCGCGGCCGGCGAUCGUCUCAAACCCGCGACAAGUCGUCGAACAGCCGGUCGGCGUCGGUGGAGUCGUCGCGGGGCGUGUCGCCGCCGCGCGAGUACGGCGACUACAGGACGGGCAGAACUAGGGCUUCAGAAUCUCUAUCGAGCAACGAUCACGAGGAGUCUCCCCACGUACCAGUUAUAAGGAACUCCAGAAAUUCCAACAACAGUUCCGGAGACGCCAAUGUGAAAGCCAGACAAGCCAGGCUUGCGAGAGACCUCAGCAGUUCAAGAAAACCCCAAGAGUCCCAACCAUCCUCUGUCCAAACAAGUAGCACCGAUCCUAACAUAAAGAAAAGCGCAAACCAAAACAAAACCAGACUGAAUGUAAAAAAACAACAGCAAUUGAAAAAGCUCGAAGAACUUGCAAAUAAAUACAAAGAAAAGUCAGUCAAAGAAGCUGCAGAUAUUUCCAAUAAAAAAACAGUAGACAAAAGUCAGAUACCACUUGUGAAGAAGAAAGAUGUGGGAUCUUUUAAACGUAAUAAUAACCAAAGUUGUGAAAGUGUUUCUACUUCGGAUGUUAAAAGUGAAGUAGGAGUAAUGAAACAGACUAAAACCAAAUUACGUAUAGCAACAAAAAUACAAGAAAAAUCUGUAAUGAAUUCCAAUGCCAAAGAAAAGGCGAAAGUUAAAAUAAGAAAACUAUCUGGUAAAUUAGCAAAAGAAAACAGUAUGAGUCUGGAUAGCCUUGAAGAUGCUUCGAAAAAAUCUGAUAAAAAUUGUCAAUCAAUAGGAAUAAACACGGAAUUGUUAUGUCCAUCAAUACCAUGCAUAAUUUAUGAAAACCCAGAAAUGAAAAAAUCUAGUAAGAACCGUAAAACAAGAUCUAAAGAGAUUAAUAAUGUAUUAAAAUUGACAGACACCUGUACACCCGAACCGAAGAUUGAAUUACUGUACAAAAACUUGACUGUCGUCAGCUCGUGCGACAUAGAAGCAAAAUUGGAUUCUGUAAAAGAAAGUUUUUCCAAAGAAUAUAAUACAACGACAGAAUCUAAUGACUACAUUACUACACCCAGCAUGUCCGAUCAAUUAAUUUCUGAUUUUACCGAUUCAACGUCUAAUAUAUUUAAGGGAAAUAUACCAUCUGUUGAUGUCGGCGGCCAGAAAGUUGAUACAUUUGCCAAUGUGAAGUUUAAUAGCCAGAUCACAGAGGAAACGUAUCAAGUAUCCGAACAGAACUGUGGUGAAAGCCAAUAUCCAUCUGUUGAAAAUUUAGAAGAAAAUUAUGGUCGUGAUAUAAGCGCGGAAACGUUCAAUGAUUCUAUAGAACAAAAUGGAGAUAACGAAUUUGUAGAAGAUAACUUUAGUCGUCAUGGGAGUGGUGAAACUUACACGAAGUUUACAGAAAAUGCAGAUGAUUUAGAAGAAUUUCUUAAUAUAACAGACAAAAUGAUAAGUAACAAAAGUCACAAUAAUAUGUCUGAGAUAGAAAAAGAAAUGGAAAAUAUCUGUACACCUAAAACAAAUUCCCUCGAAGCUAUAAAUAGUAAUAGUUUAGAAAAUAUGGCAGCAGAUUCCGAGAAACACAUAUUUUCUGACACAUUUCAAGAAUUAAAGAAUAAUUUAAAGGAAUUACUAAAAAGUGCAAAUAGGGAAUCUGUUGAAACAGAUACACUUGUAACAAAUAUUGACGAAACUAGUAAAAAUGUUUGCGAUAUGGAACACAUAACCGUGUAUGGGUUGAAAUUUUAUGAUAAUGUUGCAAGUGGACCUUCUGAACAAAAGUUGAUCCCCGAAAAUAUGGCACUACAGCUUGAAGAAAAGUAUGUACAGGAAAAUAAAGUCCCGCUGUUAAAACUACCCAAUAUAUCAGAAAACAACAAGUUUGAAAAUAAACUAAAAUGCAAUAAAAAAAGAAUGCAGAGGAUAUACAAACCAAACAGAAAAUUCGAAAUGUUGAGUCAACAAAAUCGCGCAAAAACAUUCAUAAAAAACGAGCAAGAAGAGAAUAGUGAUGGACAGUCGAUAACAUCAGAAGCCCCGCCGCUAAAGCUCCCGCGUAUUGAAAAUAAGAGCAGUAACAAUAUCGUGAAUGAGAGCCUUUUCCCAUCCUCUGUGAAGCGUUCCACUUCCCUCCUUGACUCCAUUCAAAAGAAAAACUCGAUAAAACAGGACAGUGCGAAGAGUCGUAAAAAAGCCGACCAAGUAGAGCAAGAUUUAAUGCAAUCCUUAAAAGAUUUCGACAAAUUCUACGAAUCUGAAAGACAUGAGAGCAAGUCGAUGAAAGAGGUGGCUAAUUAUACUUCGUCACACAAUGGUACCACGAAACGAGAUAUGCGGGUCAAAGCGGAUCGAAUGAACAAGAAAGCUGACAACGUUUCUAAUGGAAACUAUACGCCAAAUGGAAAAGUUAGCAACGACUCUGCUUAUAGCAGGUUAGUCAGCUUAAAUAGAAUAUCUCCAUCGAAACUAUCGCUGUGUAAUCCCAAAGAGACGAAUGGUUUGACGUCACUGGAGCAAAUUCCCGCGGGUUCAGAUUCCGGGGGCAGUCACAAGGAGGACGUGCGUUCGAUGUCCAGCGAAGAGUUCUUGGCGAUGGAGCGAUCGGCGGAGCUGGACGAGCCCUUGCCGCAGAUCGAAAUGCAUGCCUCUUAUAAGGAAGAGAGUCAUUCAGUUGCAGAGAAACGCGUGAGUUCCCGAGCAUCGUCGCGCCGCAGCCCCGCGGCGUGGCGCCACAGCGGGCAGCUGAGCUCCAGCGGCUCGGAGUGCUCGCUGCAACGGGAGCCCGCGCAGAGGCUGUCGCGGUUCUGCCACGAGUGCGGCAGCAAGUUCCCCGUCGAUACCGCCAAGUUCUGCAUACAGUGCGGCGUCAAGCGGCUGCGAGUGUGAACCGACCGCUCACUGGAACUUGAAAGUGGUAGAGUAUAGAUUAUUAUUUUGUGGAACGAGUGUUCAUGGAGUAUAGCCUUCGAGUAAAUAAAUGUGAAAAGUGAUGGCAUGGGGCUAGUGCAGAGCUUCAAAUUUUGCUCGAAUGACAACUCGGCACAACUUUGUAAAAGCAUUGAAUUAAAUUUCUGACAAAACGAUUGGUUCUUUUUAGUAUCUAAAAAUGAAGUUUCCCAAUGCAAAAUGAUGAAUCUACACUCCUCCCAUAUGUUCCAUUGGUUGGUCUUUAUUUGUGAGACGAUUUCUAGUCUAUUAUAGUGACGGCGUGGUGGCGCGAUUGUUACGUAAGAUCUGUAUGAUUUUAUUCGUUUAAAAGAGACGAAAUAUCAACUCGAUAUUGACAGCACAAAGGUGCUCGCAUUUUUGGUUUGCUUCUAUUGUAAGCUAUGAAUAGGAUUUUUCACCUGCAAUACUUUGCGUAAACUAUUUUUGUACUAUUUGGGAUUAAACGUUCUAAUAUGCAUAAAAUGUAUGAAUUAUUUAUAAAAAGGUUGGACAGCAAUGCAAGCUUGACGCCUUAAUGUUCCCAAAUAGUAAAUAUUUUAUUUAAUAUGCGAAAAGUCGAGCAAAGUUAUUGAGGUACGAAAAGUUGAAUUUUUUAUAUACCUUCCUAACAAUUUACUUUGUCGAAGUAUUUUUAAAUCCAUAACUUUAACUUUCUAACAUCAACUUAAAUGAAUCUAUCAGAGUUACACUUCUCUAAAUUGUUGUAGAUCUUAAUAUUGUUAAUACAAUAUAAUAUUGUGCCUACAGAAACAGUUUUUUACCAAAAUGCACAUAAAAUGUAAUCUUGAAUUUGCACAAAGUGGCAAUAUUGGACCAUUACUUAUAUUUUAUAAGUGUUCUCCGAAUAUAUGGUUUAUGAUAAAUAUUAAUAUAU